CUCGCAAUCAUUCAAGCUCUCUCUCUGUCUUGCUCUCUCUAUUCAUCUCUCUGCCGAUUCUCGUCAACAAUCUUCGAAUCAACAAAGGAAAUAAGAUCGAACAUGGUAGAAACCAGACGAAGCUCUUCUUCAUCGAAACGCCCCCUAUCUUCUGCUUCCUCUCCUCUCCCCAACGGCAAGCGAUCCAAGCCAAUAGAAACCCUAGAUUCGCUGAAGCAAUCUGGGAUCGAUUCUCGAGACCAUGCGGAUCGAUCAUCUGAUCCGGUUUUUGUGAAACCAACCGAAGGAACCGUGGCCGAGAAAUCUCCUGAUGGGCAAGUGGAAAGUGAGCCUUUGGUGUCUCCGAUGUCUUUAGGUGACUCGGCGAUUGAUGUGGAGAAGACGAGGUUAAAUUGCGCGGUGUUGAACCGAGGAAAGAAACGACAAAUGAAAUCAAAUGUUGGGGUGGCAUGGGGAAAGCUUCUUUCGCAAUGUUCACAGGUAGGAUUUUCAGUUUCCACUCAUUGCAUUACUAUGCUUUUAAGGCGAUGGGUGGGUGGUAAUGGAGAAUCCUGGAAAGUUUGCCGGGCCUUUAUUGCUUCACCAGACAAUUGGUAUUCCUGCAUACCCAUAGGAUAG